AAGUAGAAUUGAAUUCUACAUGACCAUAUAUUUCAGCGUUCCAUCGCAGAGCAGCCGGAAUCGAAUUCCAUUCCAACCGAUUUUAGUAAGAUAACAAAUUGCCCUAUUAGGACGGUCGAUCUCGAUCAAGACUCACGAUCUUGCUCCGGAUUGCCAAUCGAUUUGGGUUACCUUACCUGGAACAUAUAAAAGUCUACAUACAAUGGAGUUGGCGGACAGGGCGAUUGGGCUCAUUUUAGCAAGCAUCAGCGUGACCAUUUUCACCUAUUAUACAUUUUGGGUCAUUAUAUUGCCGUUUGUUGACAAGGAGCACUUUGUACACAAUUACUUCUUACCCCAAGAAUAUGCAAUUCUGCUACCUGUUUACGCGGGCGUCUCUCUGAUUUGCUUCUUGUCUGUGUUUAUUGGAUAUGUGAUGCUCAAAUCCAAGAAGAAGAAGAAAGUGUAAUGCAAGUUCUUGAGGUAUCUUAGGCUCUCUUUCUUUCUGUUCAAAAUUGCCUUAUAUUUCUAAUGUAUCGCUAUUCAUUGAAACUUAAUGAUAACGAAUAGCGUUUAAUUUGCUAUAAAGAUUGAUUAUCGUCGUCCCUGUUUGUGUUGUUUGUGUACCAACUUAUGAAUUCUGAGAGAGUUAAUAGCUCAUGAACUACUAAA